AUGGAGAUGUCACCGAGGAACAGCCCUUGUCCUCUCUCGCCGGCCAGGGGGAUAGCCGCCUUGAAGCCCUGUCAGGUGCACGGCGACAAUGAGCCAGAUCUGGAUGUGAUCAGCAUCUCAUCCAACCAGCAAGGGACUGACCCCAUCGAAGGAGGCAACAGGCGAGCCGUUGGUGACCACAUCGUGCUCACACCUUCCCAUAUCGGCCACCAGGACGACACACAGGCAGGGGACAGCACCGCGCAACCGCAAGACACCGUUGUUGAUCAUGCUGUCAAGCAGCCCCCCGGCCAGCCCAGCGGCACCCAAGAUGACGAAGAACACAGUGCGGGGCAACCACCUUUCUAUCGAACAGCACUCUCGUCGACGAGCACCGCCUUCGCAUUGACAGACAAGGUCGCCGCUGCGGAGAAAAAUCAUCAGCACAGUCAGCCGUGGACCAGAGACACGUGCUGCCGGGUCAGCGCCACAAGGCAGCCCCAUAAGGAUCGCAUGAGUGAUUACAGAGGAGAUGCCGAGGAAAACGUCGACACGAGAGAAUCCUCUCGUCGUCAGUUGCGUUGUGAGGAGCGUGCAAUAACGGAGUCGGUACGGGGCUUCAGGUAUGAUACCGAAUUACCUCACAAAUGAACGCCUCUCUAUUCUCCCUGCCUGUCCACGGAGGCUGCAGGAUACGAAGCGGCAUACGAAGAACAUCCAACAAUUCUCGAGUACAAGACGAUAAGCCAUCCUGA